AUGCGUGCGUGGGUGUGUAUGUGUGUGUGUGUGUGUGUGUGUGUGUGUGUGUGUGUGUGUGUGUGUGUGUGUGUGUGUAUGUGUUUGUAUGUGUGUAAGUAUAGGUAUUUUUUUCUGGGAUAUUAG